AUGCCUACGAUCUCUAUAACCGCCAUAUCAGACCCCGUCUGUCCUUGGUGUUUUAUCGGCGCCCUCCGUCUAUCCCGCGCUAUAGCCCUUUAUCUCAAAACUGUUUCCUCAACGGACACUAUCACCACCAAAUGGCACGCUUACCAACUCGAUCCCAACACACCCAGCCAGCCUCUCGUGGCCAAGAUAGCAUCAAAAUGGGGAGAAGACCAAGUACCCUCGGUCAAAGCUCGUCUUAACGGUAUUGCUAAGCAAGAAGGUCUAGAGUUCAACUUUAACUCUACGAUUGGUAAUACCAGAAAUGCGCAUCGGUUGGAGAAGCUGGGGAGGCUGAGGGGUAGGGAGACGAAGGUUGCGAUGGAGAUUAUGAAGAUGUAUUUUCUGGACGGCGGAAAUAUUACCAGAAAGGAGGAUUUAGAGACUGCAGCGGUUAAGGCGGGCCUUGAAAGGGACGAAGCGAGGGAGUGGUUGGAUGGUGAUGAUGGAGGUGAGGAGGUUGAUAAUGAGGUUCGCGAGAUGCAAGAGAAGGGCGUCAGGGGUGUACCACGGUAUAUCAUCAAUGAUAAGUACACUGUUGAUGGAGCGGAGGAUAUCAGCGAUAUUUUGGAAAAGCUCGUUAUGGCGAGAGAUGAGCUGCUUGCUAAGGAUCAGUAG